AUGUUUGUUUCCUUAACGAAUCUGGUCGCUGAAGCAGGAUACGAUGUUCCUAGUGAUAUGACGCUUAAUGAUCUACUUGCGCUAUGCUCUACUGAGCUGUUUGGAAGUGAAAUUCCUCCAAACAAAAUGGCAACAUUGAAAGAUGGGAAGCUUUUGGUGAAUCCUUCGCAAACGCUCGAGGCUCUAGGCAUACAAGGUGGUGAUGUGCUUCUUGUAAGGAUGCUGAGCGCUGCUCCACAAACGGCACAGGCUCCUCCUUCCCAACAGACACAGAUGUCUUCUUCUUCGGCUGCAUUGCCAAACAGUUCACGAAUAACUGAACUGAUAAAGUCGAUAAAGGUUCCACCUAAAAAGAAAACCAAUUCGGUCAGAGAGAUCGCCCGGAAAGUUUUUCAACUG